ACGAUUUCAUCAAAACAUUAAAAGUGCGAGUUUGAGUUAAAUCUCAUUGGUCACAUUGCGAUUUGCAGAGAAAAGCAUUCAAAACCUCCAUGGCUGAAAGCUGAAAACAAGAGUAGAAAACCACAUAAAAAGAAAAAUGAUUGUGAGAAACCUCUCACCAUCAAGGCUUAGAAAGCUUCUCACCCCAUUUUCUCUCACUACCUAUACAUACAGAGGACCUGUAUCUAACUUCCUCCAGUCACCAACCAUCGAUCCUUCAUCCGUGUUCUCGGUUUCCCAAAACCCUACUAAAACCCUGCCGUUUUUCUUCUUGGCAAAACCCUUCUCUUCAGAAACUCUAAAGAAACAAUCUUUUUCAAAUUUACCGCUGAGCCGUGAUGGGAAUUACGAGGAGGCCACUGAGCAAGCCUUCCCCAUUUGCCCAGGCUGUGGUAUCCAAAUGCAAGAUUUUGACCCUAAGCAACCCGGGUUUUUUUUACAGCCCUCAACUAAGGGUCCGAACUAUAAGAAGUUCAAGAGAAUGACUCCUGUAUCGGAUGAGUCUGAAAUCACGGAUUCCAUUAAGAGAGGACUUGCGAAUGAGAUCAUGGAUGUGGAAGGAAAUGAGAUCCUUGAAAUGGAAGAUCAGGUGUUUGAUAAAAUGUCUUAUAAUGUUGAAUAUCGUGGAAGCCCAUAUGACAAAAAUGCUAGUCAGAAGCCUGUUGUGUGUUCCAGGUGUCACAGUCUGAGGUUCUAUGCUAAGGUGAAGGACCCGGGUGUUGAGAACUUGUUGCCGGAUUUCGAUUUUGAUCACACUGUGGGUAGGAGGUUGAUGUCGAUAGGUGGGGCUAGGACUGUGGUUUUGUUGGUGGUGGAUGCCGCAGAUUUUGAUGGUUCGUUUCCUAGGAAGGUGGCAAGUUCAGUCUCCAAGACUAUCGAUGAGAAUGCGCGAUCAUGGAAGGAAGGAAAAUCAGGGAAUAUACCAAGGGUUCUGUUGGUUGUGACGAAGAUUGAUCUUUUGCCUAGCAGUAUUUCACCGACUAGACUUGAGCAUUGGGUGCGGACACGGGCAAGGGAAGGUGGGGCAGGGAAGAUAACUAGCGUGCACUUGGUGAGCGCUAUGAGAGACUGGGGAAUGAAGACAUUGGUGGAUGAUGUGGUUAAGUUUGCAGGGCAAAGAGGAAAUGUGUGGGCAGUGGGAGCACAGAACGCCGGGAAGAGCACUUUGAUUAAUACAAUAGGGAAAUGUCUUGGCACGACAGCAACUCAUUUAACAGAGGCACCAGUGCCAGGCACCACCUUGGGAAUUGUGAGGAUGGAGGGAGUCCUUCCUGGGAAAGCUAAGUUGCUCGACACUCCGGGGCUUUUGCAUCCUCAUCAAAUUUCAACUAGGUUGACAAUGGAGGAGCAGAAGCUAAUUCGUAUUGAGAAGGAGUUGAAGCCAAGGACAUACAGAAUCAAGGCAGGACAUUCAGUUCAUAUUGGUGGACUCUUGAGGUUGGACGUUGAAGAAUCUUCAGUAGAUUCCCUUUAUGUUACUGUAUGGGCAUCUCCUCUGCUUCCUUUGCACAUGGGAAAGACGGAGAAUGCGUGCACAAUGUUGGAAGAACAUUUUGGCCGUCAAUUACAGCCUCCAAUUGGGGAAGGUAGAGUUGAGGAACUGGGGAAUUGGGUGAAAAAGGAAUUUCGUGUUAGUGGCAGCACGUGGGAUUCAAGCUCUGUCGAUAUAGCUGCCGCUGGUCUUGGUUGGUUUGCCAUUGGACUCAAAGGAGAAGCUCAGUUAGGCGUUUGGACGUAUGAUGGAGUUGACGUAAUAGUUCGAAAUGCUUUGCUUCCUCAAAGAUCAGGCAACUUUGAAGUUGCGGGUUUUACUGUCUCGGAAAUUGUGUCCAAAGCUGAUCGAGCAAGAAGUAAGAAGCACCAAAAUGAAAAGAAGAGGAAAGGCAGCAACUCAACAGCAGCAUCAUCAUCUGUAUCUCCCGCUGAUGCAGAUUCAGAUCCAACUCACUCAGCAUCAACGUCCAACUCUUGUUCAUGUUCAAUGCCAUCAUGAUUGAGAAUGUUGUCAUGCCUCAAAUCUGGAACCUUCAUAAGUAAGUUUUUGUGUUGAUUCAAAAAUCUCUGUAAUUUGUCCAAAAAUAUAUUUGGACUUGUUGUAGGAGAAGAAACAAAUGGAGGGGAUGCCACAUUAAUUUUGGUUUAGGGAGGGGAUAUAAAUCAUAAUUGAGUUAUUAAUCAACUUAUUCUGUCA